CCAUAGGCCAGCUGGCAGGACUGGCGGAGAAUCGCCGGAGGUGGAAAACUCUUGUUGAAAGCCACAUUGGCCCUACGCCUGAAACGUGACAGCUAUGGGACUGGUGAAGUGAGGUGAUAAGGACUUUAAACACGUUGUUAGGAGCUGUGCAAGUUACUAGUAUUCCAGGAUAGAAAGAUUGGAGGUCCCGGGACUGCUAUGGCCAGCGCAGGCACUAUCGUUCUAAACACGUUUUUCAGCUGUCUCAGCGCGGUUACAAUCAUAGGAAACGUCCUAGCUAUCGCUGUCUUCACCAAGGACGGAAAGCUCCGAUCUACAGGCGAUGUGUACAUCCUCAAUUUGGCCGUGGCCGACCUUACGGUGGGGGCGAUCUCCAUGCCCUUUACUAUUGCGGAGAAUGUGAUAGGGCACUGGCCGCUGUCGCAGGCGCUGUGCAAGGCGUGGCUGGUUGUGGACUUCACGGCUUGUUCCGAGUCGGUCCUGUCCAUGGUGCUGAUCAGCUUCGACAGGUAUUUACAGAUCGUCCGGCCUCACAGGCAUCGCGCGAAGACAUUCCGAGUGAAGUUGGCUCUGCUGGCGUGUACGUGGAUCAUUGCUUUCCUCAUGUACGGUCCUGCUAUUCUUCUCUGGGACGUUUUUACAGGAGUUAACCCCAUCCAGACAAACCGAUGUGAGGCGGACUUUCCUCUGAGAAGUGCGGCUUACACUUUUACCAUGUCUUUCAUGGAAUUUGUCGUGCCGCUCGCCCUACUGUCAUACCUGUACUCGCAGGUGUACUGCCACGCCAUCCGCUGGUUCAGACGCCGCCCAAGUUCCGCAGACGGCCGGGGAACCGCCACCGAACUCGGCAAAAUGUUCCACCGCCGACUGGCCGUGAACCUGACCGUGCUACUGUUGGUGUUCUUCGUCUGCUGGUGUCCCUACAUGGUCGGCACGAUGAUUCUGUCCCAGUGUGCUUCGUGUAUAGACUACUACUCUGUCGCUUUCGUGGCGCUGGACUGGUUACUAUGGAGUAAUUCGGCGAUAAAUCCGUUCCUGUACGCCUACUGUUCCCCGCGUUUUAGGGAGAGCGUCACCCGUCUGGUGUCCAAAUGUUGCGGGACACAAACUGCAGGACAUAUUUCACCACAGCCAGUGUAAAAAUUAACACUAA